GAACUAUGAGCCGAAUUGAACCAUAGCUUAAAUACUUAAAAAGCACCUGGAAAGUUACAUUAACUUAUGUCAAAGAAGUGUUUCUAACCAAAAAAGAACUAGCCCUUUACAGGUAGUAAUACCAUACAGUUUCCUUCAGACUAUGUACUUUCAGCAGAAUAUGUAACAGACAUGUUGAAGGUUAAGUUGGGCAGCCAUCAUGCGACAAAUAGAGAUUUCGACAAGAAUGAUAUCCAGUGUUGCGUACUAGGUAAUUCUGAAUCUACCAGCAUAUAUGAUUUCAGUUAAAAAUCUGUUUUCGCUGCUAACUAGUAUUAAUAAAGUAAGGCUCGCUUAUGGAUAAUGUAAUUCAUAUAAUUAUAAUUCGUGCGAAUCACAUAACUAUGCAUCCAAAUAAGAUUUUUAUCACUCGAGAAUAAGAAAGCGGAUCAAUGUACGCUAUAGUGAGUUCCAGAAAAAAAAGAUUUUUACUGAAAGCGGUAUUUUUAUAAAAUUCUAAGAACACAAUGGCACUCAGCGUAUUCGGUCACAUAAUUCUGAAUAACGUGUCGAAUAUAACUCUAACAGAAAAAAUCAAAUUUUAAUACUCAUUUUUCAUUCUUUUGUUAACUUAUUUAAAGUCUCUUAAUUUAAGAAUGAUUAUCGUUUGUGCACUACCAAAGCUAAUGUUAUACAUCCGCUUAACACAGCUUCGCUGUUAACUACGGACACUGUCACUGUCAAUUGCUUUUGUAUUAUUGAUUAUGCAUCGAAUCCACUUGCAACAUUUCCAUACACAAUGACGAGACGCGCAUGACAUAAUAUAAGAGCAAAUUGCCCUUUCCAAGUUCUCCUGCGAAUCAGACAGUAACUCUCAAUUAACAAUUGUGGUAUUUUAUUCUAAAUAGGCCAAAGCCGAUGCAAUCGAUGCAUUAGAAAAAUAUCGUGGUCAUUGUGCACCAUGCUUUCUGUUUUAUGCCAGUGGUACACUCGUAGAUGCUGUGAGAGGAGCAAACGCACCAGAGUUACAACGAAAAAUUAUGUCUAAUCUUGAACAAGAAAAAACAAUUUUGAAGGAAGGAGGUCAGAGAAAUGAGUACCGGUUUGAAUUCGAUGAAGAUAUUGAUGAGGACGAAGAUGUGGAUAUCAAACGAAAUCGUAGUUUUUCGGUGGUUAAUGCAGUUACUAGUCACAAAUAUACUGUUGCCGUUAUUCGACCGGAUGCUGUUGCUGACGGAAAAACUGCAGAUAUCACUGACAAAAUCAAACAGCAAGGCUUCAAGGUUUUGCAUCAAGAAGAAAAACAGUUGAAUGAACAUGAUGCUCGAAAUUUGUACAAACAUAAAAUGAAUGAGCCAAUUUACGAAGAACUUAUUCAAUUAAUGUGCAGUGGUCCAUGUCUUGUUCUCGUACUCCAAAAAUUUGAUGCUAAAGAAUCGAGUGUGGAAGACUUUCGAGAAUUACUUGGUCCAUGGGAUGUGGAGCAGGCUCGCUCAACAAAACCUGAUAGUUUAAGAGCUUUAUUUGGUACAGACGGUUGGCGAAAUGCUGUUGAUGGUAGUGAUAGUUUAGAUUCAGCACAACGGUAUGGUAUUACUACCUGUAAAGGGCUAGUUCUUUUUUGGUUAGAAACACUUCUUUGA